UGGGAGCACCGCCCCGGCCCGCCCCGGCCCGCCCCGCCGCCAUGGCGCUGCGCUUCUCCGCCAACCUCUCAUGGCUCUUCCCGGAGCUCCCGGCGCUGCCGGCGCGGCUGGAAGCGGCGGCGGCCGCCGGGUUCGGAGCAGUGGAGGCGGCUUGGCCGGCGGGCUGCCCGGCCCAGGAGCUGCGGGCCGCGGCGGAGCGGGCGCGGGUGCGGAUCGCGCUCCUCAACACCCCCCCCGGGGACCAGGAGGCGGGCGAGCUGGGGCUGGCGGCCGUGCCCGGGCGGCAGGCAGCCUUCCGGCAGAGCCUGGAGGCGGCCGUGCACUACGCCAGGGCUGUGGGCUGCCCCAGGAUUCAUGUGAUGGCUGGGCGGGUUCCCUUGGGCACAGACCGGAGUGCAGUGGCAGGUGAGAUGGAAACCACCUUCAUUGAGAAUCUCAGAUACACUGCUGACCUCCUGUCCCAGGAAGACAUGAUUGGACUGUUGGAGCCUAUCAACAACCGCAUCACUGACCCUCGCUACUAUCUGAACACCCCACAGCAAGCUGCUGCCAUCCUGGAGAAAGUGGGACGGCUCAACCUGAAGCUGCAGCUGGACCUUUUUCACUGCCAGAUCAUGGAUGGCAAUUUGUCACGCAACCUAGAGACGUACUUCCCACUCAUCGGUCAUAUCCAGAUUGCACAGGUACCAGGGCGGCACGAGCCCGAUAGCCCUGGCGAGCUGAACUUCCCCUACAUCUUCGAGCUCCUGGAGUCCCUCGGCUACACUGGCUACGUGGGGUGCGAGUAUGCUCCGAAGGGAGACACCGUGGAAGGUCUGGGCUGGCUGCGAUCCUACUGGGAAAGCCGAGGGCUGCAGCAUGGUGGGACCAGCAAGGCAGCCAAGUAAAACUAGAAAACCAUGAGAAUAAAAGACAAAGCAAUGGCCUAA